AAAUGAAAGUGAAACUGAGUCAGUCAGAAAGCUCAUCCAGCUAAAAUCUUUUUACAGAAGAAUAUAACGGCCACACGAUCUUUUAAUGAGGAGUGUAAAUACAUUCCUGUCAAAAGGCAAGGAGAAAAGUUAAGGUUUAACAGAAGCAAUAAUCCUCAUCACCACAACCAAGAAAAGGCAGAAGGAGAAGCAUGGAGAGACCAGAUUACUUUGUGCAUGACUCCAGCAGUCCCCUGUCUGAAGAUCAGCUGCAGUGUUCGAUCUGUCUGGAUGUAUUCACUGAUCCAGUCACCACUCCAUGUGGACACAACUUCUGCAAGAGCUGCCUUACACAGUGCUGGGAGAAGAGUCAACACUGUUACUGUCCAUUAUGUAAAGAGAAAUUCACCAAGAGACCUGAACUGAAGAUUAAUAUAACACUGAGAGAGGUUGCAGAUCACUUCAAGAAGAAACGUGGUCCUGACAAACCUGAGGUUCUUUGUGAUGCCUGCACUGGAGAGAAGCUGAAGGCCCUGAAAUCCUGUCUGGAUUGUGUUCUGAGUUUGUGUGAAACUCAUCUAGAACCUCAUAAUCAUGUUCCAAGACUUAAAAAGCACAAACUAAUAAACCCUGUGGAGAACCUGGAGGACUACAUAUGCCAGAAACAUGAGAGAGCUCUGGAGCUGUUCUGUAGAGAUGAUCAGACGUGUGUGUGUAAGUUCUGCACUGAAGGAGAUCACAAGAAUCACAACACUGUUCCUAUAGAGGAGGAGAGCAGAGAGAGGAAGACUCAGCUGGGGAAAACACAGACUGAUGUGCAGCAGAUGAUUCAGGACCGACUGAAGAAGAUCCAAGAGAUCAAACACUCAGUAGAGCUCAGCAAAAGAAGCACAGAGAAAGAGAAAGCAGACAGUGUUGAAGUCUUCACUGCUCUGAUUCGCUCCAUUGAGAGAAGUCAGGCUGAGCUGCUGGAGGUGAUGGAGGAGAAGCAGAAAGCAGCAGAGAGGCAGGCUGAAGGACUCAUUAAAGAGCUGGAGCAGGAACUCACUGUGCUAAAGAGGAGAGACACUGAGCUGGAGCAGCUCUCACACACUGAGGAACAUCUCCACCUCCUACAAAUUUACUCCUCCAUGUGCAGCCCUCCACACACCAAGAACUGGACUGAGAUCAGUAUUAACACUGAUCUGAGUGGGGACACUGUGAGGACAGCUCUGUCUCAGCUUCAGAAGACUCUGAAUGAGAAACUCACUAAAACACUCAAUGACAAGUUAAAGGAAACAGUCUCCACAGAAUUGAAGAGGAUUCAGCAGUAUGCAGUGGAUGUGACUCUGGAUCCUGAUACAGCUUAUCCUGAACUCAUCCUGUCUGCUGAUGGAAAACAAGUGACACAUGGAGACACACGACAGGAUCUCCCUGAUACACCACAGAGGUUUAAUAAAUGUGUCUGUGUUCUGGGAAAGCAGAGUUUCUCCUCAGGGAGAUUUUAUUAUGAGGUGCAGGUCAGAGGGAAAACUGCGUGGGAUUUGGGAGUGGCUAAAGAGUCCAUUAACAGGAAGGGGAAGAUUACACUGAGACCUCCUCAUGGAUUCUGGACUGUGUGGCUGAGGAAUGAGAAUCAGUAUAUGGCUAAUGCUGGUCCCGCUGUCCCCCUCACACUGAGAGAGAAGGUGGAGAAGGUGGGGGUGUUUGUGGAUUAUGAGGAGGGUCUGGUCUCCUUUUAUGAUGUGAAGGCCAGCUCUCAUAUCUACUCUUUCACUGGUCAGUCUUUCACUGAGAAGCUCUAUCCUUACUUCUGUCCUUAUUUAAAAGAAGGAGGUAAAAAUUCAGCACCAUUGAUCAUCUCUCCUGUAAUUAAGACUGAAUGAUUUUUUUAAAAUCUCACAUAAAAUGGUAAGCUUAAAAAGGGAUUUUGAAACAUUUUUCUGGUGCACAAUUUGAAAACCACAAUGAGAACAACAAUGUAACAACAAUGUAACAACAAUGUAAUACAAUCUAAAAAAGAACAACAAUGUAAUACAAUCUAAAAAUAAUAGUAGUGAUUAAAUAAGAAAUAAUAAAUCUGAAAUGAAUCUGAAGGAAUAAAUCUUUUUAAAGAUGAAAACCUAAAUUGAUGUGACAAUUCUAUUGUCACUUUUUUUCAGAUAUUCAGAAGUGAAAUUUCUACUAUAAAUUGUGUAUCACUACAGUCCAUACAAAUAUCCAAUUAAAAUAUAUACAUAACAUUUUAGGCUACACUAAAUUAAAAUUCUGGUUAAUUAAUAAAAUCAAAAUCGUAUGAUCUUGUGCAAAAAUCUAAUUUAUUGUUAAGUGUAGAGUCUGUGCUUAUUAUCACAACUUUUAUCCAACUUUAAUUAUCACACUCACUUCAGGCUUGUGAAACUUUGUCAUUACAAGAAUUGAAUAGUUACCAUACAGAGAAAGAGAGCAGUGUAACUCUAUGACAUUGUGAUACUUUUUGAUAUUUUUAGGUCUGUCUUUAGCUCAGUUACUUUAGCUCAGUAGUCUUGAACAGUAGCAUGAACAGAUAUGUCAAGCAAUUACACUGAUGCAUAUGAGAAUUAUUGAUGAUUGGAAAAGAAAACACACCACAAUCAAGCCACACACGCACCAAAAAUAAUAUUGUGCCAAAAAAUAAGAACCACAAGUGGCCAACCAGUUUCUUUUGCCUAAAAAUAUUCACACUGAGAUUUUCAAUAUUCUCCACAUAAUACUGUGCUUUUAUUUUGAGUGCUAUUAACCUUCGUAUACUAUUUUAGUGAAAAGAUUUUGCCUUUGUCCUUGUUAUUCUCAUCUGGUUUAAAGGCACUGUUUUUAAAGUGAGACUGUAUAAGAGAAAGUGACUGUUACAUUGGGUAAAUUACUUUCUCAACUCUUUCAAUCAUUUGUAUUUUUAUUUGUUUCCCUUCCCUUCCAUAUUAAAAUAAAGCUUGUCCUGAUUA